AUGGCCGACUUUGACGGCGCCGGUCAGGCAUUUCUGUCGUGGUUACAGCAGUCUGGAGCGGAGAUCAGUCCAAAGAUCAAACUCGAAGACCUUCGACAUGCGCAAGCCGGGAGAGGCGUCGUUGCUACACAGGACAUCGCCGAGCACGAGCUCCUCUUUCGUAUUCCCCGCUCAGCAAUUCUCAGCGUCGAGAACUCGAUCCUGUCCAAGGAGAUCCCCGCCGCUACCUUCGACACGCUAGGCCCAUGGCUCUCUCUCAUUCUCGUCAUGCUCUAUGAGUACCUCAACGGCGAUGCCUCCAACUGGGCUGCGUGCUUCUCUGUCCUGCCCUCCGAAUUCGAGACCCUCAUGUACUGGACCGAGGACGAGCUCGCUGAGUUGCAGGCCAGUGCUGUCGUGAACAAGAUUGGAAAAGAGAGCGCAAAUGAGAUGUUUCUUGAGCAGCUGAUCCCAGUGAUCAAGGAAUUUGCACACGUCUUCUUCGCAGAUGACGACCGUGCGCCACAAAAGGCGGAGGAAAUGCGUGAUGAGCGCAACCUCACUCUGAUGCACCGCAUGGGCUCGCUGAUCAUGGCAUACGCUUUCGACGUCGAGCCUUCGGUCUCACACAAGGACGUCGACGAGGAAGGAUAUGCUUCUGAAGAUGAGGAUGAGGCGCUUCCAAAAGGAAUGGUUCCCUUGGCAGACAUGCUGAAUGCUGACGCAGACCGCAACAACGCUCGCCUCUUCUAUGAGGCCGACUCCUUAGACAUGAAGGCUUUGAAGCCGAUCCGUGCUGGCGACGAGAUCUACAACGACUACGGACCCCUCCCACGCUCUGACCUGCUCAGGCGCUAUGGCUACAUCACCGACAACUACGCCCAAUACGACGUUGUGGAGGUCUCCAUGGACCUUGUAACCGAUCUUGCGACAACAGCCAGCAUUUACUCCGAGGCGCGGAUCGAGUACCUUGAUGAAAAAGAGGUCAUUGACACUGGCUACGAUAUCACUGUCAGCGACCCAUUCACACUACAGGAGAGCUUGUCUCCUGAGCUCGUUGUACUUGUCGAGACUCUUUUGCUGCCUGAUGAAGAGUUUGAGCAUCUCAAAAUGAAGGGCAAAUUACCAAAACCCGAAAGGAUGACGAGCAAAGGCACCGAGUUCUUGCAUAGACUGGUUCAGACACGCCUCGCACAAUAUGCUUCAAGCCUUGAUGACGAUGUCCGCGAUUUUACCGGAAUACCAAAUGUAGGCGGACAUGGCUCGAAAGAGCGACGAUUUGCGAUGGCUAAGGCAGUCCGAAUCGGAGAGAAGAGACUGCUGAAGCAGGUGGAAGACGCCCUGGCCGAGAAAGUUGCAAGAGAAGGAGGUGCAUCAAAAAGACCACGAGACGUUGAUGAAGAAGGGGAUGUGGAAAUGGGUGGCACUGGGAAACGGCAAAGAGCAUGA